UGGCUGUAGUUUGACUGGAGGGUUUCUCUGCCUGGUGUGGCAUUCACAUCCUAACGCUCAUGUGGUAGCAUCCUGCAUCGCUUGGCUUCCCCUGCACACUGGCCUGAUUCCAGGGAUUUGAAGUAGACAGGACAGACAGACAGACAGAAAGAAAGAGAGAAAGAGUGCAUGUAUGCUUGGGAGAUAAGUGUUUAGAAGAAGGGACAAAGAACAGAGGUCCAGAGAAGAGAAUCAGGUGAGAAAGCAAACCUUUGAAGGGGAAAUCUAGACGAAGCAGUGGUGAAAAAACGUUGAUUAGCUGACUGUACACUACAAAUCCAUUGACAUGGCAGCCAUGGAAGCACUGGAAUCCUCAAGUGCCCUGCUAGAGCCUCGAACCCUCACUGAGAUCUCAGACGACGAAGUAAACCUGCCACCCUCAGAUGAUGAAGAUGAUGCCCUUGCUGCAGCCAAGAAAGAGCUGUCCACCAUGGGCACAGAGGGGGACGUUACCGAAGACAAGGACGAUGUGCUGAAGUUGGACCAACAGGUGAAUGGGGUCAUGGUUCUGUCUUUGCUUGACAAGAUUAUCGGGGCAGUGGACCAGAUCCAGCAGACCCAGAGUGGGCUGGAGGCCAGGCAACAGGAGAUGGAGCGUUCCGUGACUGGCAUCCAGGGCGAACUGACCAAACUGGCAAAGAGCCACAGCACCACUUCUAACAGCGUCAAUAAGAUGAUGGAGAAGGUGCGCAAGGUGAGCGUCAACGUCAAAACAGUGCGGGCCACCCUGGAGAAGCAAGGAGGCCAGAUCAAGAAGCUGGAGAACAACGAAGCUGAGCUGCUGAAGAGACGCAACUUUAAAGUCAUGAUCUAUCAGGAUGAAGUGAAGGUUCCCUCAAAACUCAGCAUCUCUAAAUCCAUGAAAGUUUCUGAGUCUGUGUCAGGAAGCAGAGGAGGCAGCGUGCUAGAACUCAAGGAAGCUGCAGAAGAGCUUGGAGAGGGUGGAGAAGAAGAGAAGGCAGACAAACCCCAAGUAGACCUCUCAUCAGAUGAGGAAGGGUUGGAGAUUGAGGAGACCAUUGAAGAAUCUCGUGCUGAACGCAUAAAGCGUAGCAGCCUGCAGCGUGUCCAAAACCUGAAGACAGUUUUCUCAAAGGAGAAGAUGGAUAAGACCAGAGCAAAGACCAAAGUGAACCUGGAGAAGACCAAACAAAAAACCAUUCAGAACCUGGAGAAGACAAAGCAGAAGACCCGAGAUAACCUGGAAAAAACCAAGCAAAAAACUAAAGAGAAUUUAGAGAGGACCAAGCAGAGGACGAGGGAGAACCUGGAGAAGACACGUCAUAACAUUGAGAAGAAGAUGGGAAAGCUUGGAACACGCAUGAGUGUCAACCCUGAGCAGAAGCAGAAGAUGCAGACAUCCCGCGACAAGGUGAAAAAGGCCUUCACGCCAGACCAUGUUGUUUACGCCCGGUCCAAAACUGCCGUGUACAAGGUGCCCCCCUUCACCUUCCAUGUCAAGAAAAUCCGGGAGGGAGCUGUGGAGGUGGUCCAAGGCACCGAGAUGGUGGAAGUGUCCCAAGAUGCUGAGCACUUCAGUGGGGUGGAUGGGGAAGAAGAGGAGGGUGCAGUGGAGGUUGAGAUGGAGAUGAUGAAUGGAGGAGGGGAUGAAGAAGAGGCUGAUGAGGAUGAAGAAGAGGACAGCCAAGAUGUCCUGCAGGAGGAGAAUGAAGACAGAGAUAGAGACAGCGACUAGACAAAGAUUGAGGAAUUAUCCAAGAUCCUAAGAAAAUCUUUUGUUACCAACCCUGAGGUUCUUAUGUGAAAACAAUAUAAAUUUUGAAGAUUGAUUUAGCUAAAGAAUAAUUCCAGUUCAUUACAACCUGGGUCUUUUUUGGGUCAUUUUGCAUUCUUCCAAUCAGUUAUGAUAACUUUGUGUCCACAAGUAUUUGCUGAGAUCUGGGAACAUGGCAACAUUGCAACAACUUUGAUGGACCAGUCAAAUGAUCAGACAAGUGGUUAACAAGCCAACAGUUUAACCAGAUUAUCUAAACUUUAUUUCGAGGGAUAAUUUAAAGUGUCAGUAAUAACCUUUACUACACAGGAAAAUAUGUAUUGUAGGUGAAAGUUUAACAGGAGGGUGGUAAUGUUCAUCUUUGUUUUCUCCUCUGAAAAAGUUUGGAUGUUUGUCUUCUGAUCUGUUUGUGACUCUUGACUUUCAGCGAGGUUGUCCAUGCCUGGAUCAUGAACUGGGCAGAGCAGCUAACUGCCCCUGAAAGUUCCAGGAUCAAUCCUGGCCCUGAAAGUUCCAGGACUGAUGUGUGUGUAUAAAGCUGCGCUAACUUGUUGCUGUUGUUGCUCAUAAUGAGGAAUGCACUGAUUACAGUUUUCUUUAGUUGUAUGCAAAGUUUUGCGUCUUUCACCUCAUUGUUUUUGGGGCUGCUUUUCGGUCUAUAGCUGUUUUGGUUUAAUCUCACUGCUCCCAUGAUGGUUUCCAGCAACAGCAGGCAGCUGUUUUCAGUGAAAAAGCUCAGAUAAACCCACUGUGAACUGCCUGCCCGGCAGCAAGCAUCAUGCAGACUACAGCCCUAAAAGCAGAAUGAAUAAUACACUCAGAUUCGCCAGGUGGACAGAAACACAACUCCAAAUGAAUCCAGCAGCUCUAUAGGCAAUUGUUAUGUGUGAGCAUGUUUGCCAUAUCAAAUUCAUAUGGUGAUAAGAUGUCAGUCUUGCUUCCUUUGAGAAAAUUUACUAAAGAAAAAAAGAGUCGGAUGAUUGGUGGGUCAGUUGUUACCCAGAUCCGGCUCAUUUUUUCUCCAGGCCUCAUAGCAGCUUGAUCUGACAUGAACAUUUCCAGAUCUCAGCAGUCAACUUGGUUAAGACAAUGUUAUUAUUACCAAAAGAAAUGCUAACCAAAGCUACCCAAGUUGGAAACAAACAGACUUAUCAUUUAAAAACUUUUAUUUCAUUUGACUACAGGUUGUGUUCUUCAAAAAACAUAAUGAAAAUGUUCCAUAUUUACAAAAGCACUUCAAGGGUUGUUAACAGUCAAUUUCUGUUUGGGUGAUGUAGAUGAUGAUGAAAAUUGAAGAAAAAUAAAUAAAUUUAAAAAAUGGGAAGAGGAAACAGAAAAUAACUUUGUCAUAGGCGGAGCUGGUGGAAGGCAGGUAGGGCAAAGGCAGAACUGACAUGAGAAAGUGGACUGUUGGGUAGUAGAUUCCCAGUAGUCAAAUUAUUCACUAACACAAUGAGUAUAUAUUCGUGCUUAUCCAGAGAUUUCUUAUGUUUUAGAAAUAUUUUACAUAUCACAGGCGCAAAACUAUUCCUUCCACCCCAUUUGUUGUUCAGCUCUUUAAAUACUGAAGUGUUAUCUUACUCUGCUUAAUGUACCCAUUAUUUAGAAACACAGCCAUUCUGUUGUAAUGUUGAGCUCACAGUUAAAUAUAUGUGUAUGAUUUUGUAUGUGAGCACAAUUUACUCUAGAUUGAUGUCUUAUCCUUUUUAUUGCAAUGUAGCCUAAUAGUUGUCCUUUCAGCACACCUUGUUUCAUGCAAUACUCUUAUGUAACAUUAUACUGCCAGUGUUCCCAAAGAAUAACCAGUGCCCAUGAACAUGAAGGUCUGCUAAACAUAAGGCAGAGACAGCUCAUUCAUAGGUCCAUUACAUUUCACUCAUCAAUCACUUUCACUUAUUCACUUAUUUUCACAUGAGAAUUUUCAUGUAAGCGUGCUAUUUAAAGAUGUGUUUUUGAUAAAUAAAAUGAGAUAAGGACCAAGACUUUCAGCAAGUCUGACAAACCUGUUUAGACUCUUCUUAUCAACACUGUGUACUCUCGGUCAUGUCUACUCGCAGGACCAAGUUUCAGAACGUGAGUGUACAGUAUGUUAUAGCUGUGGUCUGACACUGACCCCUAGUGUACAGUCAUCUCACUAGAAUUGUUUCUGCUCUCGAUGUCCAGCUGUUCUCUUUCAUCCAAAUGUCUGAAUACUGAAGGAGUGUACACCCUGGACAGGACAGUAGUCUAUUAAAGGGCUAAUGUAGAGACAGACACAAGAAAUUUGUGAAUCCAAGAGAACAGUACUGCUUUAUAUAUCUGCCAAAGUUUACUACGUCACCACAGUAUGUCAAAUUUAGCUUGUAGUUCAGACACAUCACAGUUUUACUUGUGUGUUUUUUUUUGUACAUAAUGUGAAUCACUGCCAAUCAUUUCCAGAGAGCCUCUUGCCUCCUGCUGCCUGCACUCUUCUGAAUUAAAACAGCUUCUUUGGUUCACUGUGCAAAGAAAUGACUAACACUCUUACAUGUAAGCAAGGAUCAAAUAUUCUAGCUUUUUUGAUGCACCUUUGUGGAAGAGAAUCCCUUCAGUGUUUUUAUGUUCAACCAUUCAAAGGCCAUUAAUAUUGCCAUAUCUGUCAUAGCAGCAAACAGCAUGCAGCUGUGCCGAGGCCUGCAUCAAUGGAGCAACAUGCAAUUCACAUUUAACUGUUUCUUUGCUUUUGUUUUGUUGGUAACUGAUUCCUGUAUUAUGUUUCAUUGCUUAACCACUAAUGAUUUAAUUAAUAAAAGCUAUUUGGUUCACA